ACUGAUUGCAGACGGCGUGACGUGGGGCAGCCUCGGUCAGCUGGCUCCUCCAUCUGAACGGCAGGGAGAGCCUCUCCCAGAGGGAGACAUCACCAUCAACGCCCGACGCAGCUUCAUCGGCGGCCCGCCGGAAGAGCAGCAAGACAUGCGAGGGAGGCGGCCGUAGGAGGCGGAUCGGGCCGCAGCGGCGAUCGGGAGACGGGGGAUUAUUUAUUCGCCUAUUUAUUUAUUUAUUUGUUUCCCCUCCCUCCGCCCCGCCAGUGUAAUGGCAGGGGUCCAUGGCCGCGGCUGCUGAGAAGCAGGUGCACCAUCAUCGACGGAGGCGGCUGGUUCCUCGGCAUGGGCUGGGAGAGGGCCGAACCCCGGGCUGGAUCACUCCGUGGGAGGGGGCCAAAGGCUGGGCCGCGGCUGGGGGCCAAAGCCUGCUAAGACUACAGCUCUGUGCACAUCAUCAGCAUAUUUUAACCAACAUUUUCCCUUUUUAAAGCUCAAGGUUAUCCACGCGUAAAAGGCGCGUCUGCAAAAAAAAAAAGAAAAAAAGAUGGAAUAAGCGUCUCCAGCGGAGGAGGAGAGACCGUGAUUGAACAUCCUCUAACCCCCCCACCCCCCAGUGGUGAGUGGAUCAUAACACCGUGACACUCCAGCCUUACAGGCCCGAACAUUUGAGCGAGCCUCGCUUGGGGACAGGCUGAGGUCCAGCAGCCAGGAUGAUGGAGAUAGACGAGGUGGUGUACCAGGACGACUACGGCUCCGGCACCGUCAUGUCGGAGCGGGUGUCGGGCCUGGCCAACAGCAUCUACCGCGAGUUCGAGCGGCUCAUCCACAGCUACGACGAGGAGGUGGUGAAGGAGCUGAUGCCGCUGGUGGUGAACGUCCUGGAGAACCUGGACGCGGUGCUCACCGAGAACCAGGAGCACGAGGUGGAGCUGGAGCUGCUGAAGGAGGACAACGAGCAGCUCAUCACCCAGUAUGAACGGGAGAAAGCGCUGCGUAAGCAGGCGGAGGAGAAAUUCAUUGAAUUUGAGGACAGUCUGGAAGCGGACAAGAAGGAGCUGCAGAUGCAGGUGGAGCUCCUGGAGCUGCAGGGGAAGCAGUUGGAGCUGAAGACGAAGAACUACUCCGACCAGAUCACUCGUCUUGAGGAACGCGAAGCAGAGAUGAAGAAGGAGUACAACGCUCUUCACCAACGUCACACUGAGAUGAUCCAGACGUACGUCGAGCACAUAGAGCGGUCCAAACUGCAGCAGACGGGGAGCAACAGCCAAUCAGAAGGCCCCGGCUGUGGACGAACGCAACGCCACACAUGGAGGAAAAGCAAAGCGGAGCGCCCGCCGUCAUUGAGCCUGUACCCUGGUGGCGAGGGCAUGGUACGUGGGGGUCUCGGGGGGGCUAGGAUGAUGCCCGGGAAAGACAUCUGGCAGGUCAGCGAGCUCGGCCAUUCCACCUUCAGCUCCGCCUAUCAGGAGGACGGAUCGGAGUCCGACUCGGUUGCGGCCACACCCAGCAGCACAGGAAGCAAGUCCAACACGCCCACCUCCUCCGUCCCCUCCGCCACCAUCACCCCCAUCAACGAGGGCAUGCACUACGACUUCGACGCCAUGAGGGCUGGGAACCGCAGGAAAAGCGGCAAGCGUCUCAGUCGGAACAUGGAGGUGCAGGUUUCCCAGGAGACCAGGAACGUCAGCAUCGGUAUGGGAAGCAGCGAUGAAUGGUCCGAAUUUCAGGAAAUAAUUGAUUCCACACCAGAGCUGGAGAUGGGUAUGGAUUCCAGGGUGUAUGGAGGAGGAAACAGUCCUUCUCAGGGCAUCGUAAACGAGGCCUUCGGCAUCAACACGGACUCGCUGUACCACGAGAUCAAAGACGCCAAGUCGGACAUCAUCGGGGACGUGGACGCGGGCGCCGAGCUGCUAGGCGAGUUUUCAGGGAUGGGAAAGGAGGUGGAAAAUCUUCUGACGGAGAACAAACAGCUUCUGGAGACCAAAAAUGCUCUAAACAUUGUGAAAAACGACCUUAUUGCCAAAGUGGAUGAGCUGUCAAGUGAGCAGGAGGUGCUGAGGGAGGAGCUGGAGGCGGUGCGGCAGUCCAAGAACAAGGUGGACGCCAGGAUCAAGGAGCUGGAAGAAGAGAUCAAGAGGUUGAGAGCAGAGGCAUGUCGGGACUCCAAAGACGAAGUGGGCGAUGAUUUUUCGUCGCCCAUGCAGGACGGAGACAUGUCGAUGACCCAGCGGCGGCGCUUCACUCGGGUGGAGAUGGCCCGUGUGUUGAUGGAGAGGAACCAGUACAAAGAGCGGCUGAUGGAGCUCCAGGAGGCCGUGCGAUGGACCGAGAUGAUCAGGGCGUCCAGGGAGAGUCCUCCAAUCCAGGAGAAGAAGAAAUCCACCAUCUGGCAGUUCUUUGCGCGUCUCUUCAGCACCUCGUCGAGCCCGCCGCCCGUCAAGCGGCCGUACUCCAGCGUCAACAUCCACUACAAGUCGCCCUCGCCGGCGUUCAAUCAGCGGCGCAGCCACACCAUGUGCCAGAUCUCCACCUCCAACCGCACGCUGGAGUUCUUCCCUGAAGAACUGGCCAGUAACGGUGUUGCGUCUCUCCUCAGUGACUCGGCGCUCAUGGCGCGCCGGGAGCAGCGGCGCGAGCAGUACAGGCAGGUGCGCGAGCACAUGCGCCGCGACGACGGCAUCAUGCAGGCCUGUGGCUGGAGCGUGCCAUCUCGCCUCAAACAGACUGGUGGUCAGACGGACGGCGCUAAGGACAGCCCGCUGAAGAGACAACAGACCAAUGAGAAGGAGGAUAACCGCAUGAAGAACGUUCCUGUCCCGGUGUACUGCCGUCCCCUGGUGGAGAAAGACCCCAACAGGAAGUUGUGGUGUGCAGCAGGAGUGGACCUGGCAGGAUGGAGGGCCAGCAGCCAGGAGGGGGCGCUACCCAAAGCACUGUCAGGCAGCAGUGACCCCCUGCAGACUGAGGAGGACCGAGGGGACAAGAAGAACCCGUCCCCCGAGAAGAGGAAGUCUAAGGAGCUCCAGGAGACAGACAGCAUGAACAGCCGCGUGUGGAUCCUCACCAGCACCCACUCGGCCAGCAAAGUGGUCAUCAUCGACGCCAACCAGCCCGGUUCGCUGGUCGACCAGUUCAACGUCUGCAACGCCCACGUGCUCUGCAUCUCCAGCGUGCCAGCUGCAAGCGAGAGCGACUACCCAGCGGGAGAGAUCGUGUUGGACCCGGGCGACGGAGGAGCGGGGGGCGGAGAGGACAUGGGCGGGGUGGAGGGGAUGUUGGCGGGCAUCACGCUGGUAGGCUGUGCCACAAACUGCAGCGUCGCCCGUAGCAACUGCUGCUCGCGUACCGACACGCCCAUCGUGGACAAAGGACAAGCCCCCACUGCUCCCCCCAUGAACGGGAAGAUUCACCCCGCCCAGUCGGCGGAGGAAGCCACCGAGGCCACCGAGGUCUCUGAAUCCACGGCCAACCACGCAGAGAUCGGAUCCGGCCGCCCGGGUCCCUUCACGGAGCACGUCUUCACAGAUCCUCAGCCGCGCCCGGCCAGCGACAGGAGCACAGGCCAGUCCAAAGAGGAAUCCUCCCAGCCCGCGGAGUCCGAGGAAGGAGGGGAAGAAACCAAAAACUACACCAGCGUGGCCCCCACCAUGUGGCUCGGGGCACAGAACGGCUGGCUUUACGUCCACUCUGCUGUCGGGAACUGGAAGAAGUGUCUCCACUCCAUCAAGCUCAAAGACUCGGUCCUCAGUCUGGUGCACGUGAAGGGUCGCGUGCUGGUCGCCCUCGCCGACGGGACGCUCGCCAUCUUCCACAGAUCGGAAGAUGGCCAGUGGGAUUUGUCCAACUACCACCUCAUGGACCUCGGCCGGCCUCAUCACUCCAUCCGCUGCAUGGCGGUCGUCCACGAUAAGGUGUGGUGCGGCUACAAGAACAAGAUUCACGUGAUUCAGCCCAAAAGCAUGCAGAUCGAGAAGUCCUUCGACGCCCACCCCCGCAGGGAGAGCCAGGUGCGGCAGCUGGCCUGGAUCGGCGACGGCGUGUGGGUGUCGAUCCGCCUGGAUUCCACCUUGCGUCUGUACCACGCGCACACGCACCAGCACCUCCAGGACGUGGACAUCGAGCCAUACGUCAGCAAAAUGCUGGGUACCGGCAAGCUGGGGUUCUCGUUCGUGCGGAUCACGGCCCUGCUGAUUGGUGGGAAUCGUCUCUGGGUGGGGACCGGAAACGGCGUGAUCAUCUCCAUCCCUCUGACAGAGACGGUGGUCCUUCACCGGGGACAGCUCCUGGGUCUGAGGGCCAAUAAAGUGUCUCCGACGUCCUCCGGCGGCGUGAUCCAUGUGUACGGCGACGACGGCUCUGAGAAGAGCACCGGCAGCUUCAUCCCCUACUGCUCCAUGGCCCAAGCGCAGCUGUGUUUCCACGGACACCGCGAUGCUGUCAAGUUCUUCGUGUCCGUACCGGGUAAUGUUUUGGCCACUUUAAACGGCAGCGUUCUGGACAGUCCGUCUGAAGGUCAGGGCUCCACCGCGCCCACAGAGACGGAGGCGCAGAGCGUUCAGAACGUGUUGGUGUUGAGCGGAGGAGAGGGCUACAUCGACUUCCGCAUCGGGGACGGAGAGGACGACGAGACGGAGGAAGGAGACAGCAGCGGUGGCGCUUCGCAGAUGAAACCCGCUUUGAGCAAAGCUGAGCGAAGCCACAUCAUCGUCUGGCAGGUGUCCUACGUGCCUGAGUGACGCCUAAAUCUACUUUAACCAUAUACCCCAACGUCUCUUUGAAGACCCCCCCUCUCCCCACCCCCGGAAGCUUCCAGCAACUUAAACUUUGUAAUUAUCCCCUGGUCAUGUAAAAGUUCCCUUCUGGCUCUGAGAUAAUAAACCCUCCAAGCUGCGCAUUAAAUCCCCCCCGUCCCAUCACCUUUUAACUUUAAUGCCUUGUAAGUACCUCCUUUGACCUAGUUAUCUGCUUGCCAUCCUGUGUCUGUCCCACACAGGGCAUUGUAACCAUCAUCAUAAGCCUUGCAACUACCUCCCUCCUCUGUAACCAUCAGAUACUCACCCUCUAAGCACACGUUAUCUCCUCCUAUACUGAACCUCGGCUGCAUCAGGCCCACAGUUGCUCCUGAUCUUUUUGCCGUUAAGUUCGUCAUCCAUGGAAACUUGCGUCUAAAAACAAAAAAAAAAAAAAAAACGAGAUCAGCAGAUAGAGCAACGUGAUGGUAGAUCAGGUUGUAUUUUCCCAACAAAAAAAAAAAAA